CGGACGUGUUUCUGUGUUGCACCUCUUGCUGUGAUUAGUGCUGUUUAUGUCAACUUACGUCAAUAUGAGAUAUUGAAAGUGGAUUAUGAUGGACCCGUUUCGCUAUAGUCUUUAUUUGUUUGACAUAACAAAUAUGAUCAUACCGACAUACCUUUUGAAUAUUAAGUGAAUUUUUAACUUUUUAACGUCGAGAGAUCACAAUUGUUCGCAAUGGAUCAAGCUGACAGUGUAAACUCUGACCCUGUCGAUACAACUGACGGUGAAGGUCGUGUUCAACGAUGGAGAAAUUGUAUUGGCUUUUGGUUGUUGGGUCUUUGUAAUAACUUUGGAUAUGUGGUAAUGCUGAGUGCUGCCAAUGACAUCUUGAAAAAACAAGAAUCCCAAAACACAACAGUACAUGCUUUGACUAAUGUAGAAAUGAUGAACAGCAGCAACAGCAGCCGCUAUGACUGCAAUCCUGUGUCCACUGCAGCUGUGCUGCUGGCUGAUAUACUACCCACCCUCAUAAUCAAACUCACAGCACCUUUCUAUAUACACAAAGUGCCUUAUGGUUUCCGUGUCUUGGUUUGUUUCAUCACGGCAGUUGUGAGCUUCCUAAUGGUGUCCUUCUCUUCAACCGUAUUGAUGAGCUUAUUUGGUGUUGUCUUUGCUAGUGUUAGUGCAGGAUUGGGGGAGCUCUCCUUUCUCUCCCUGUCAGUGUUUUUCAACAGAAAUGUGUUAAAUGGCUGGGGGUCUGGCACAGGGGCCGCAGGGGUUGGAGGAGCACUUCUCUACUCUGUGUUUACACAGGCUGGUCUGACACCCCGAAUUUCUCUCAUGAUUAUGCUGUUUGUCCCUGUUAUUUUGGCAGUCAGCUAUUUCUUCCUGCUUGCAUUUCCAGCUUCAUUUCCACAGUGGUCACGCAGUGAGGUUAGUCACAGUUCUUCAGCUGUGGAAAAUGUUCAGGAGAGACGUCCUUUAAUUGAGGAGGUGGCUGAUACAGAACAUGAAGAGGAACAAGGUAAUGGAGACAAGCGCAUCAGACCUCUGACCUUCACUGACAAACUAAAAAUCAUGAAAGGUCUUGGAAAGUUUAUUGUUCCACUUGGUUUGGUUUACUUCGCAGAGUAUUACAUUAACCAAGGACUGAUGGAGCUGCUCUACUUCCCUGACUCCCGUCUCUCACAUCCAGAACAAUAUCGCUGGUAUCAGACACUUUACCAGAUUGGUGUGUUUUUUUCCCGCACUUCCCUUUUCUUUUUCAAGAUCAGGAAAAUCUUGCUAUUUUGUCUCUUACAGUGUGUGAAUGCUGUACUGUUAAGUGUCGCAGUAUACUACCAGUUCUUGCCAAACCCAUGGGUGGUUUUUAUUAUUGUCUUUUAUGAGGGUCUGUUGGGAGGAGCAGCGUAUGUAAACACCUUCUAUUUCAUCAGCAAGGAGACUGCUGACCGUGAGAGAGAGUUCGCCAUGGCUGCAGCAAGUGUAGGGGACAGUCUGGGAAUUGCUCUUUCUGCAGCUGCUUCCUUCCCUGUUCACCAUUACUUCUGCUCGUUAUGAGAGAAUGAGAAAGAGAGACUGAUGUUUACAUGUUGGUAGACCUUUAUGCCUAAAGCAAUUGUGCGUGUGUGUUUCAAAAAACACCCUGGCUGGUGCUUUUAAAAUAUGAGAAAAUUUCCUUUGGGCACUGUAAUUACUUGAUUUACUAACAGUACAAAUAUGUUUUAUCAUUUCAACUCAGGAUCCUGGAAUCAUGUGUGUAACUAAUUCUUUUUCAGUAUUAAAACAUUUUAGUUGCGA